GUGGCCCCAAUCCUCAAAGAGAACCGAGUGGCAGCAGUUUGAUGAGGAUGUAGAUCGGAUCCUGGAAGUGACAGCCAAAGGGGAUGUGGACCGUCGGCUUGAAACGAUGACCACCCUCAUAGUUAACAUCGCGGCUGAGCGCUUUGGAACAGAGGCACCCAAGCCCACGCCAUUGGCCUAUGCUCCAAACCACAGAGCAAGGAGAAUCCAGAGUCUUAGGGAAGAGCUGAAGCUGCUAAAGAGGCAGUACAAGACAGCAGGGGAAGUUGAAAGAGCUGGCCUAGCGGAUCUGAGAGCAAUUCUAAGGAAGCAACUACUGACCCUGCGGAGGGCGGAGUUCCACAGGAGGAGGCGGAAAGAGAGGGCCAGGAAGAGAACCGCUUUCCUGGCCAAUCCCUUCAAGUUGAUCAAGCAGCUUCUUGGUCAAAAGAGGUCUGGUCGCCUUACCUGCUCCAAGGAUGACAUCAAUGACCACCUCAAGGCCACGUACAGUGACCCUAUUAGAGAACAGCCGCUGGGCCCAUGCGAUGCACUGACAAUGCCACCAGAGCCUACCUUGGAGUUCAACCUCAAAGAACCCUGCCUUAGUGAAGUGGAGGAAGUGGUGCGGAGAGCACGGUCAAGCUCAGCACCAGGUCCAAGCGGAGUGCCGUAUAAGGCAUAUAAGAACUGCCCAAAGCUACGACAUCGGCUUUGGAGGGCUCUGAAGGUGAUAUGGAGGAGAGGGAAGAUCGCCCAGUCAUGGAGGUAUGCUGACGGAGUGUACAUACCAAAAGACGAGAAGUCUCAGAACAUCGACCAGUUUCGUGUCAUCUCCUUGCUCAGUGUGGAGAGCAAAAUCUUCUUCAGCAUCGUAGCUAAGAGACUCUCCAACUUCCUGUUGAGCAACAAGUACAUCGACACGUCAGUGCAAAAGGGAGGAAUACCAGGAGUUCCUGGUUGCCUAGAACACACAGGCGUGGUAACCCAACUCAUCAGGGAGGCGAGAGAAGGCAGAGGGGAUCUUGCAGUGCUAUGGCUGGAUCUCACCAACGCCUAUGGGUCGAUACCCCACAAGCUGGUUGAAGUGGCACUGGAGAAACACCAUGUUCCCCAGAAGGUGAAACACCUCAUUCUGGACUACUACAGCAAGUUCAGCUUGAGAGUCUCCUCUGGCGAGAUGACAUCUGACUGGCACCAGCUGGAAGUUGGCAUAAUUACUGGGUGCACGAUCUCAGUAAGCCUCUUUGCGCUGGCAAUGAACAUGCUGGUCAAGGCAGCCGAACCAGAAUGCAGAGGUCCCCUCAGCAAGUCUGGAGUGAGGCAACCUCCCAUCAGAGCCUUCAUGGAUGACCUCACGGUGACAACAACAGCUGUACCAGGAGCCAGGUGGAUCCUCCAGGGGUUGGAGCGCGUCAUGUCGUGGGCACGCAUGAGCUUCAAACCGGCAAAGUCCCGGUCCUUGGUUCUGAAGAAGGGGAAGGUCACGGACAGAUUCCGCUUCAGCCUGGGAGUACAUCAGAUCCCAUCAGUCACUGAGAGGCCAGUGAAGAGCCUUGGAAAGGUCUUCAACUGCAGCCUGAAGGAUGCCGAUUCCAUCAAGGCAACCAGUGCUGACCUGGAAGGCUGGUUAAGGACAGUGGACAAGUCUGGGCUCCCUGGAAGAUUCAAGGCCUGGGUCUACCAGCAUGGGAUCCUCCCAAGAAUUCUCUGGCCUCUCCUCAUCUACGAGGUCCCCAUGACUGUGGUGGAAGGAUUUGAGCAGAAGGUGAGCAGCUACCUGCGAAGGUGGCUGGGAUUACCGCGCAGCCUAAGUAGCAUUGGGCUGUAUGGGAACACCAACAAGCUCAGGCUCCCUUUCAGUUCACUAAGAGAGGAGUUCAUCGUGGCACGGGCACGGGAACACCUGCAGUACUCUGGAUCCAGAGAUGCCAAAGUGUCCGGGGCAGGGAUCGUUGUGAGGACAGGGAGAAAGUGGAGGGCAGCCGAUGAGGUCCAGCAAGCAGAGUCACGACUGAAGCACAGGGCCAUCCUGGGAACAGUGGCGCAAGGCAGAGCCGGACUGGGGAGACAACCAGCAACCCGCUUCGACCGUGCCAGCGGAAGAGAGAGGCAGAGGUUGGUGCAGGAGGAGGUGCGAGCUUCAGUCGAGGAGGAGAGAACCAGCAGAGCAGUGGCCAUGCGGCAGCAGGGUGCCUGGAUGAAGUGGGAGCAGGCGAUGGAGCGGAGCGUCACCUGGAAGGACAUCUGGCGGUGGAAUCCCCAAAGGAUCAAGUUCUUGAUCCAGGGGGUUUACGAUGUCCUCCCAAGCCCAUCCAACCUGUGCAUAUGGGGCAAAAUAGAAACACCUGCUUGCCCCCUGUGUUCCAAAACAGGGACAUUGGAACACAUCCUGAGCAGCUGCUCCAAGGCGCUGGGUGAGGGCCGGUAUCGAUGGAGGCACGACCAGGUCCUCAAGUCCAUCGCUGAAGCAAUCAGCAAGGGGAUAGAGGGAAGCCGAUACACCCAAGCCACAGCUAAGGCCAUCCGCUUUGUCAGGGAAGGACAAAGGCCGGAGAAAACACAGAGAAACUGCUCUACUGGUUUGCUCUGCACGGCCCGAGACUGGGUGAUGACAGUUGACCUGGAAAGACAACUGAAGAUUCCACCACACAUCACCCAGUCAAGAUUGAGACCUGACAUCAUAUUGGUCUCAGAGGCAACAAACCAACUCGUCUUGUUGGAGCUGACGGUUCCCUGGGAGGAGAGGAUGGAGGAGGCCCAUGAACGAAAGAGGGAGAAGUACCAGGAGCUGGUGGAGGACUGUCGGAGAAACGGGUGGAAGACCAAGUUAAUGCCAGUGGAGGUGGGCAGUCGGGGGUUUGCCAGCCACUCCCUGAGCAAAGCCUACAGCGCACUAGGCAUAACGGGUGCCAACCGUAGAAGGGCCAUAAGUAACAACGUGGAGGCAGCAGAAAAAGCCUCCAGAUGGCUCUGGUUGAGGAGGGGGGAGCAGUGGUUGUAGUGGGGUAGCAUGCCACUUGGACACAGGCCGAGACUUGAUCACCUCGGCCGGGUCGCCUGGAUGAGGGUGUCUGUUGCAAGACCCGAAACACCCAGUGAGUCCAGGAUACAACACUGAUGAUGUGUCCAAGAUUGUGCAUCAGCAGAUGUAUU